GUCCAUUGUUAUAGUUUGUUUAGGAACAAAACUUGCGAGACAUUGUCACACAAUUAGUUUCUACCGGUAUAGGAAACUGAACAAUCGUGUACGUAAGUAGGAGGAGAGAGGAAUUAUCUGAAUUACUUAUUAUUUAGUAAACAUUUCGCGCUGAUAAGUCGAAAGGAGAACUCGCUUAAUUUUAAACGGUUAGACUGAAACAAAACAAAAUUAUAAAAAUGACUGCAAAUGAAACAUCCAGGAUAGAGGAAUAUUAUAACUUCGUAUUGCCUUUAAUUAAAGAAUCAGGAAAGUUAUUUUUGGAAGUAAAAAAAGAAACACUGGAAGUCGAAAACAAAUCAGAUCACGAUUUGGUAACCAUCUAUGACAAAAAGAUCGAAGACACCCUCAUAAGCAAAAUAAAGGCUGAAUUUCCUCACCAUCGUUUUAUAGGAGAGGAAAGUUCUGGAACCAAACACGGGACACCCACCCUAACAGACGAUCCUACUUGGAUUAUCGAUCCGAUAGAUGGCACUACAAAUUUUGUUAAAGACAUCCCGUUUACUGGAAUCUCCGUAGGUUUGGUUAUAGAGAAGAUUCAAGUUAUUGGGAUUAUUUUUAUACCUCACUUAAAUGACCUUUAUACCGCUAUAAAAGGAAGAGGUGCUUAUAUGAAUGGAAAGAAAAUAUCCUGUAGCAAUGUACAAGAUAUUAAAAAGUCUCUGUUUUGUUAUGAGAUCUCUGUUGCUUCUAGAAGUGCCUUAUUCAAGCUCAUCCUUACCAGACUGCAAUUUUUAACAAAAGAAGUAUUAGCCGUAAGAUCCUUUGGUUGUCCAGUAAUAAGCCUGUGCUACGUGGCAUCUGGAAAAUUGGAUGCCUACCAAUGUGAUGGUUUAUAUCCAUGGGACGCUGCUGCCGGAACGCUAAUUGUAAAAGAAGCGGGUGGUUAUGUUAUAGAUUCAUCAGGUGAAGAGUUUGACUUGAUGAAGCCUAACUUUAUCGCUACAUCGACCAAAACAUUAGCAGAAAAAUACCUGGCGAUCGAGAAAAUUGCAGAUAAUACCUGGAUGAAAAAAGAAACAGAUUUAUAAUAGUACUAUAAUACAAUUUUCUGAUA